AUGAAAAUUUUUCAGACGAUCACUGUCGUUUCGACAUUGCUGAUGAUGCUACUGAGUUCAGUACUUUCAGAAGAAACUAGUACCGAUCCCAUAAAAUGCACCCCUUGCCAGCAGCAAGUCCCAUCUCCGCCGCCACCGUCUCCACCGCCGCCUGCAGCUUCGCCACCUCCUCCCGCUAAUAACCCCAACUACUGCCCACCACCUCCAUCUCCACCCACCUCUAGUGGUGGUGGCAGCUACUACUACUCUCCACCACCACCAGCUCAAUCCGGGGGUAACAACAACAACUAUGCUCCCCCACCGCCUGGUGGUGUCAUUGGCGGCAUGUACUACCCUCCACCGACGUACAAAAACUACCCAACACCGCCACCUCCGAACCCCAUUGUUCCUUACUUCCCAUUUUAUUACCACACUCCUCCACCCCCUUCAGGGUCUGAAAAGCUGUUAGCUUGUUGGGUUGUUUCGUUGUUGGGUUUUUUCCUUUAUGUCUUUUGA